GAACGCGCCCCCGCGGUGACGUCACGGGUGCAGCUGUUCGAAGACUUGUUAUUUUCGACGCAGCAACUUCAAUACGACGACGACGAAAGGACUGGGUUUCUGUUAUUUAAAAAGAACAUUCGGUUAUUUUUCGGUCAGAUGCGAGACGGACAACGCCCAACCGAAGACGUUUGUUAGCUUUCAGAGCUAAUCCUUCGCCGAUGAACUAGACUUGGUUUGGUUUAGUUUGCUGUUUUUCUUAUCGUAAAACAUAAGACAGGUGGAAAAAAGCUCAAAAUGGUGAGACCACACUCAGGAUCUCCUCAUUCCAAACACAGAUCUUUCUCAGACAGCUACAGUGCCAUAAAUAAUGAAGGGCGAUUUGGCCCACCUUCAAGAAGCCAGAGAGGUUUUAGAGGACCUCCUGGAAAAGCCCCACCAAGUUGGAGAGAGAGCAACAGUGGUGGACCCCAGCCAUACCCCAAAAGGCCCCCACUCAUGGGUGAACGUAGAGAGCGACAACAUGGACAUUGGAUGCAACAGAACCAGGAUAAUUUCCGUUCAUAUCCCAGCUCACAUGAUUCACAGCGGGGCCGCAGGAGGCCUUCUCCACCCCGCUCAAGCCGCCCUCCCCCUGUCCAGCACAGGCAGUCCCCACAUGGUCCAAUACAUGGACCACCUAGCCACAGAGCACCAUUCUUCCGUGGAAAUCACAGUAGCCAUGCAUCUCCAUCUCGAAAUUUUCAUGGACCUCCAUCAAAAAGGAGGGUUCCAUCUCCCCACAGUUCCUUCAGGGGUCCCCAGCGGCGUCCAAGCCCUUCUCAGGAGCAUCAGAGAAGCUGGUGCCCUGCACCUCGGGAGAGGCCCUUUGGGCGACCAACACUAGGGAGGCAGCACUGGAAUGGCCCAGGAGGUUACUCUCACCCCCCUAGUGGGGAGUCUAGGUUCUCAGGCCCACCCCAGAGAAAACCCAGAGAGUUUCAUGGAAGGAUUUCAUAUCCAGAGAGGUGGUCUGCAGAGAGAGAUCAACAUACACAGCAUGGAGAAGUUGGAAGAGAGUCUCGACGCCCCAGCCAGGACUGGGCACAUGGAGGAGGGAGCAUUCCACACUCUCGACCCCCUUACAGAUCACCUGCACGGAAACCAGGCCUGCCUUCAUCCGGCUCAUCGCCCAGAGGUUAUCCACCUCUGCGACCCCAGGAAAGGCUCACUGGACACCCAUUGAAGAGGAAGAGUCAAGAUUUCAGACGACCUCCAUUUAGUGGUUUUGAGCAUGGACCACCGAAGCGCUUCCGCAGGGAGUUGUCAGUGAGACCUGUGCCUCUAAGGGGCUUCAGAGGUCGUGGUCUGUCCCUUAGUGAUAAGAGUCGACUGCUAAAGACACGAAAGUUCAGGGCAGAGUCAGUGGCCAGGUUCAAACUGCCACCACCAAGGCCAGGAAUCUCAGACAGAGUCCAGAAACCUAAGCCUCUGAUAGCACCAAAGAAUAACAAAGAUUCCACAGGAGUUCAGCCACGCAAGGUACCCCUUAGAAAAGGUGUGAAGAUGCCAUCACCCAGAGAGUCAUCCCACAACAUGUCCUCCAAGACCGCUGAACCUGAGAGGGACAACGAAACAAAGGUGGAAUCUCGACGCUCUGUGAGCGCACACAGCUCUGCAUCAAUAGACCGGCGACUUUCACGUGAUCUUGUUGUGGUUUCUCGUUGGGAGGCAGGGCACAAACCCAGUACUAGCCCCAAGAACAGUGCACCCUGGAGGAACAGGGCACCCAAGAACAAGACUGAAAGCUCUGACUCUUAUGGUAAUUUAACACUAAAUGAGCGCUUCACCAAGCUACAAAGUCCUACCAGCUCUUCACAGGAGCAUAAAGAAAGAAGGCCUUCUGGAAGUCCAGAAAAAAACCUAAGCAAGCCUGGAUCAUUUCAGAGGCCUAAUUUCCACCCAACUGUCGGAUUGAAGAGGGGAUCAGCACCUGAUGGAAUUUCCAGGAAACUCUUGAUGGCCUCUAUAAUUCCAAGACCACCGUUCAAUCAGAAGCCUGUCUUCAAAAAGAGUCAAAGUAUCAUGUCAAAGUACAAGAACUUGCAGACGCUGCGGCAUAAAGCACCCCAUCAACGCCAAGCCACUAGCUAUCGCCGAUGGUGACCCAAAAUAGUCACCCGUGCUGUGACAAGUUGUCUGUUGUAGGGCCUCUGUAAGGAGCUUCCCUACCUCCUGACCUUCCCUCCAGCUGUAAGGUGGUUGUGAACUUGCCUCUGUAAAAACUGCAAAGAUCACCAAAGUCUAUUUUUUUUUUUUUUCCUUCUAUCAUAUUGUUGUUUUUUUGUUUUUGUGUGCCCUAGAAAAAAAAAAGUAUUGAAUACUGUGCACUCGUCUUUUUGGGGUAAAAUAAAAAGGAUUACAUUUUUGUGACAUACCAUGUACAAAGCUCUCACUUUGCUAGAGGUUUGUGAAAAAUGAUUUUUAGCUUUGGUUUAAAUUUCCACAGCUCUUGUCAUUUUAGUGUUUUACAUUAGUGUCUGAAUAGCUGCUUUCUAAGAAUGACUGUUAAAAAUUUUUUAAUGAUGACUGCUUUGUAUGAUUAGCUGCCAUUUGAAGAGUGUUGAUUAGCUGAGCUCCAUGUGUUUAAAUAUAACCUACCUUAAUUUUUUCUUUGUGCAGCUCCUAAAACAAUGUACAGUCUUUAUAGUUAGACACUUUAAAUAAAACUGGAAAUAUCAGAA